GUCGAGGUGGCUUCUUUGCGGCGUUUCUUGACGGCCUUUUGCUUUCGAAUCUAAACAACCUGAAGGGAUUGGCAGCCUUUCUUCUCUUUUUCCUAUGGUCUACUGAAUCUCCCAUCUCAUAUUCUAGCCUCGCGUCGUUUGACCCGGGUCGUGGUCAUUCGAGUACUCACCAUGGCAAAACUCGUAGAUGAUCCGCAGAUCAAAUAUGCGUCGUUCCAUAACCCACUUCCUGUCCAGCUUCACACUUAUGUCUGGCCGUUUCUAAUCGUCUGGCCUGCAUUCUUGUCCAUCUACCUCUCUCCUGAGCGCUACGAUACGUAUAUUCAAGGCCAAGAAUGGACCUUCGUCUGGCUUACAUCGAUUAUUACGGCUCAAUCGCUCCUUUGGUUGAUGACGAAAUGGAAUAUCAACAUCCAAACAUUGUUCACGGCAACCAGUACCAAGUCGAUCGAUUCUGCACAGCUCAUCAAGGUGAUCCCCGCGGCCAACGCCGGAUCGGCCGAAAUAUGUCCUCUGAUACGCGAUUCCAUGGGUGGAAAGAUCACAAUCUCGUUUCUGUUCCAGAAGCGUCGGUUCCUGUAUUAUCCGGAACGCCGGUGCUUUGGGCCCCUAUCAUACGUUCUUGAUGCCGAACCCAAACCCGCCAUCAAGAUCUUCCAAGAGAAUCAGGGAUUAGCGUCCAAGGCCGAAGUAGAGCGCAUCCAGCAUCACUAUGGGGACAACAAGUUUGAUAUUCCUGUUCCGGGAUUCAUUGAACUUUUCCAGGAGCAUGCUGUGGCGCCUUUCUUCGUCUUCCAGAUCUUCUGCGUCGGGUUGUGGAUGCUGGAUGAAUAUUGGUACUACUCCCUGUUCACACUCUUCAUGCUGGUUGCAUUCGAGAGCACCGUAGUUUGGCAGCGCCAACGGACUCUUAGUGAGUUUCGAGGUAUGAAUAUCAAACCUUACGAUGUAUGGGUGCACCGUGAGAGGAAAUGGCAGGAGAUCACCAGUGACAAGCUUCUGCCCGGCGAUCUGAUGUCAGUGAGUCGGACCAAGGAAGAUAGCGGAGUGGCCUGUGAUAUUCUUCUGGUCGAAGGUAGUGUCAUUGUCAACGAGGCCAUGCUCUCCGGAGAGAGUACCCCACUUCUGAAGGAAUCUAUCCAACUUAGACCUGGAGACGAUUUGAUCGAACCGGAUGGUCUAGACAAGAAUGCCUUUGUGCAUGGUGGUACCAAGGUUUUGCAGAUCACUCAUCCGAACUCUAACUUGGAGGAAUCAGAGAAGAGCACGUCGAAGGUUCCUUCUCCCCCUGACAAUGGCGCCAUCGGUAUCGUGGUGAAGACUGGCUUUGAAACCAGUCAAGGUAGCCUCGUACGUACUAUGAUCUACUCGACAGAGCGCGUCUCGGCCAACAAUGUGGAAGCUUUGCUUUUCAUUCUGUUCCUUCUCAUUUUUGCCAUCGCCGCUUCAUGGUAUGUAUGGCAAGAAGGUGUCGCAAAAGACCGCAAGAGGUCGAAGUUGCUUCUUGAUUGCGUCCUUAUCAUCACCAGCGUUGUUCCUCCUGAGCUUCCCAUGGAACUCAGCCUUGCUGUCAACACAAGUCUCGCUGCUCUGAGCAAGUUUGCUAUUUUCUGCACCGAGCCUUUCCGGAUUCCCUUCGCGGGGCGUGUUGAUGUCGCUUGCUUCGAUAAAACUGGUACAUUAACCGGAGAGGAUCUCGUCGUCGACGGUAUUGCGGGUCUUACUUUGGGUCAUGAAGGCGCGAAGGUCGAAAAGGAUGGCGCUCAUACCGAGCUUGCCAAGGGCGGCAACAUCGAAGUGGACACUACUCUUGUCCUUGCGAGCGCCCACGCUCUCGUCAAAUUGGAUGAAGGAGAAGUCGUUGGUGAUCCAAUGGAGAAAGCUACUUUACAGUGGCUCGGUUGGACCUUGGGCAAGAACGAUACUUUGACUCCCAAGAAUGCAUCGGCAGCCGAUCCUUCCCGUGUUCCUGAAUCGGUUCAGGUCAAAAGGCGAUUCCAGUUCUCCUCGGCUUUGAAGCGUCAGAGCACAAUCGCAACGGUUGUCACUAAUGACCGAAAAUCAUCCAAGAAAAACAAAUCAACCUUCGUUGGCGUCAAAGGUGCUCCGGAAACUAUCAGAUCUAUGCUUGUGGACACCCCUCCCAACUAUGAAGAGACGUUCAAGUACUUCACUCGUAAUGGUGCUCGUGUUCUUGCUCUCGCCUACAAGUAUCUUUCUCACGAGGCCGAAUUGUCCCAGGGACGCAUCAACAACUACACUCGUGAGGAAGUAGAAUCUGAACUGAUUUUCGCUGGUUUCCUUGUCUUGCAGUGCCCUUUGAAGGAAGAUGCCAUCAAAGCCGUGCGCAUGUUGAAUGAGAGCAGCCACCGUGUUGUUAUGAUCACUGGCGAUAAUCCAUUGACCGCUGUUCACGUUGCGCGCCAAGUUGAGAUCGUAGAUCGUGAAGUUCUGAUUCUCGAUGCCCCGGAACACGACACCUCUGGAACAAGGUUGGUCUGGCGGAGUAUCGAUGACAAGUUCAACCGUGAUGUGGAUCCUACUCAGAACUUGGACUCUGAGAUUUUGAAGACGAAAGACAUCUGUAUCACUGGCUACGCUUUGGCUAAGUUCAAGGGUCAGAAAGCCUUCUCGGAACUCCUACGUCACACAUGGGUAUAUGCUCGCGUCUCUCCUAAGCAGAAGGAGGACAUUCUCCUCGGCCUCAAGGAUGCUGGUUAUACAACUCUGAUGUGUGGUGACGGCACCAAUGAUGUUGGAGCUCUGAAGCAAGCACAUGUUGGCGUUGCUCUUCUGAAUGGAUCCCCUGAAGAUCUUACGAAGAUUGCCGAGCACUACCGAACAACAAAGAUGAAGGAGAUCUACGAGAAGCAGGUCGCCAUGAUGCAGCGUUUCAACCAGCCAUCGCCGCCUGUGCCUUUGCAAAUUGCCCACCUGUAUCCUCCUGGUCCCAGCAACCCACACUAUCAGAAAGCUAUGGAAAGGGAAGCGGCAAAGAGAGGAUCGGCUGCUGUAGCAAACGCGCAAAAUCCAGCGGACGGCAUUCCCACGAUUACAUCGCCUGGUGCGCAAGCACUCCAGCAGUCCAAUGCUAACUUGACUCCUCAACAGCAGCGCCAGCAGCAAGCUUCUGCCGCGGCGGCUGGAUUGGCAGACAAGCUUACCAGCUCCAUGAUGGAACAGGAAUUGGAUGAAAAUGAGCCUCCCACGAUCAAACUGGGAGACGCAUCGGUUGCUGCGCCUUUCACUAGCAAGUUGGCCAAUGUUAUCGCCAUUCCCAAUAUCCUUCGUCAAGGCCGUUGUACGCUCGUUGCGACAAUCCAGAUGUACAAAAUCCUUGCUCUGAAUUGCUUGAUCAGUGCCUAUAGUCUGAGCGUUAUCUACCUCGAUGGAAUUAAGUUCGGUGACGGUCAGGUGACCAUCAGCGGCAUGGUGAUGAGUGUCUGCUUCCUUUCGAUUUCACGCGCAAAGUCCGUGGAAGGUCUGUCCAAAGAACGCCCUCAGCCUAACAUUUUCAACGUGUAUAUCAUUGGCUCGGUGCUUGGGCAGUUUGCGAUCCACAUUGUGACUCUGAUCUAUUUGUCGAAUUAUGUCUAUUCAAUUGAACCGAGAAAAUCCGACAUCGAUUUGGAGGGAGACUUCGAGCCAUCCCUACUCAACAGCGCCAUUUACCUACUUCAACUCAUUCAACAGAUCUCUACCUUCUCUAUCAACUACCAGGGCCGUCCUUUCAGAGAGUCCAUCCGCGAGAACAAGGCCAUGUACUGGGGCUUGGUGGGAGCAUCGGCUAUGGCCUUCUCUUGCGCCACUGAGUUCAUUCCCGAGCUCAACGAAAAGCUGCGCCUCGUCCCGUUCAGUACGGAGUUCAAGCUCACGUUGACUGUCCUGAUGAUCUUCGACUACGCCGGUUGCUGGGUUAUUGAGAAUGUACUGAAGACCCUGUUCAGUGAUUUCCGCCCGAAGGACAUUGCCGUGCGCCGUCCUGACCAGCUCAAGCGGGAAACCGCCCGUAAGGCCAAGGAGGAGCUGGAGAAGUUGUCUGCGCAAGAAGCGCAGAGGAAUGUUUAAAUUAUUUACUCUUCUCUAGAUCUUUUUAGGGGGUAUGGUGUUUAGAUAUACUACCGUUGCUGUGAACGGAUAGACGUCUUAUGCAUUGGCAUGUAUGAGAGAGUAUCAUGCUGUAAAGUGUUCUAUACAAUUCAAUUAUUAGAUGAGUAUGGUCGA